AUGAAGCGAAAGUUUUUGAUGUUGACAAUAUUAGUAUCAGGCCCACACGAACCAGGUAAUAAUCUCGACGUCUAUUUACAACCACUAAUUGAUGAUUUGAAGAAGUUGUGGGAAGAAGGGGAACCAAAUGUAUAUGACGCAUAUACUAAAUCUGAUUUUACUUUAAAAGCAGUGCUGAUGUGGACAGUGAAUGAUUUCCCCGCAUAUGGAAAUUUGUCCGGCUGCAUCAAUAAGGGUUAUAUUGGUUGUCCAAUCUGUGGUGACCAAACUGCAGCUAAAUAUCUAAGUAACAGUCGAAAAAUGUGCUAUCAAGGUCAUCGUAGGUAUUUAGAUCGCCAUCACCCUUAUAGGAAGCAGAGGGUAGCUUUUAACGGGGAACAAGAGUUAGAGCAAGCUCCUGUGCCACUGACUGGAGAACAAGUGCUAGAGCAACAAAAAAAAAUUAAAUUUGAAUUUGGUCAGGUGAAGAAGAAGUCAAAGAAGGUUGACUGUGCAUGGAAAAAGAAAUCAGUUUUUUUUGAGUUAGAGUAUUGGAAGUUUCAUCAUGUGCGGCACUGUCUUGAUGUUAUGCACAUCGAGAAGAAUGUGUGUGAAAGUUUGCUAGGGACGAUACUAAAUCUGAAAUUUAAAACUAAAGAUAGUGUCGCUUCUCGUCUUGAUUUGCUUGAAAUGGGUUUAAGGACAGAUUUAGCUCCGCAAAUAGGUGAUAAAAAGACUUACCUACCCCCUGCAUCUUAUACUUUGUCAAAGGCAGAAAAGAAAACCAUGUUAGAAUCAUUGGCAUUUAUGAAGCUUCCUUAUGGACAUGCGUCGAACAUAAAAAACUGUAUAAAAUUACCUGAAAUGAAGUUAUUUGGGUUGAAGUCCCAUGACUGUCAUAUUCUCCUACAACAGUUGCUUCCAGUAGCAAUUCGCUCGGUGCUUCCCAAGAAUGUUAGGGUAAGCAUAAUACGAUUGUGCUUUUUCUUCAAUUCUCUGUGUAGCAAAGUUGUCGAUGUAUCAAAACUGGAUAAACUGCAAUCUGAUGUGGUGUUGACGUUGUACGAGCUAGAAAAAAUAUUCCCCCCUUCAUUCUUCGAUGUAAUGAUCCAUCUUACAGUGCACUUGGUUAGGGAAUUGCGUUUAUGUGGACCGGUUUUCUUUAGAUGGAUGUUUCCGUUUGAACGGUUCAAUAAAGUUUUAAAAAGUUAUGUAAGGAAUCGUUUUUAUCCCGAAGGUUGUAUAGCUGAAAGUUAUCUUGGAGAAGAAUCAAUAGAAUUUUGCAGUGAGUUUGUAAGACAGAGUUGCACGACUGCUGGUCUUCGACAGGAUGAGGAAAAGGUUUCAGGGCCAUUAUCUUCCGUGACUAUGAAAACAGUGGAAGAAAAGGAAAGGGAUGAGGCGCAUUUGCAUGUUCUUUUCAAUAAUUCUGAAGUUGAGCCAUUCAUAAAGAUGCAUAAAGAGCAAUUAAAAAAGAUGUAUGGGAACAAAAAGAGUGCUCAGUGGCUAAUGGGGGAGCACAAUCGGCUGUUUGCUGAUUGGUUUGAAAAAAAGGUUAAUACUGAAAUGAUGCAAAAUGCUCAAGGCGUUUCCGAAACAACAAGAUGGUUGGCUGGAAAACCGUCUUUCUCUGUUCUGUAUUAUGAAGGAUAUGUCGUUAAUGGGGUUAAAUACUUCACAAAGCAGCGAGAUGACGCAAGGGCUGUUCAAAACAACGGUGUGUCCGUAGUUGCCAAGACAGUCCUAGUCUCGAGUGCUAAAGAUUUAAACCCAAUUGAGAGUGAAAUGACGUAUUAUGGUAUAAUCGAAGAAAUAUGGGAACUAGAUUACCAUGCAUUCAAAGCACCAUUAUUUUUGUGUAAAUGGGCAGCAAAUGACAGAGGUAUUAAAGUUGAUGAGCUCGGCUUUACACUAGUGGACUUCACCAGACCAGGCCACAAAAAGGAUAAAUUUAUCUCUGUAGACCAAGUGAGCCAAGUGUUUUAUAUUCAAGAUCCAAUCGAUACCAACUGGUCUGUGGUGCUUAAGUCGACGAAUCGAGACUACAAUGAAGUCUACCAUGAAGAUGGUCUGGGAGAUACUGUAUUAGAUGAACCCCCAUUUUGUUCCAAAAUCCCUGUGUGUGAUGUGUCUGAUGGUGAUGUUGGUAUUAGCAACCAAAGACUGAAUGUAGAAGGGAUUUGGUUACAUAAGUGA